AUGGUCAGAGUCCCGCAGAACUGCCCACGAACAUACAAGCUGAUUACAUUCGACCCAGACAACGACCAGGGCAGGUGUCGUUAUGGACAAGACCCAUUAUUUGUUGAAUGUGCAAGCUGUCAGAUUCCUGCAGGUUUUGCACUGAACCAAACCAGAAUCGACGAGAAGUUACUUUAUUUCGAUAUGUACAUUCAGCUAGUGUUUCUUUGUGUCUUUUUUCAGGAUUUCUGCACUUUAAGUUACAGCACUGCCUCAACUGGGGUCUAUGGGCUGGAAGUUGUUGUGGAGGAUUUUCCUCGACAAACCAUCACAUUGUCCUACAGAAAUUCUGCAUCAACUAUCAGAGAUCCUUACGGUCCAGGCAAAACUGCCCUCAGCCAAAUUCCUCUGCACUUUGCAGUUAAGGUUGAGCCUGCUAUUGCCUCUUGUGAGGAAGGUGUCUAUCUGCCAAAGUUUAUCGCCCCCACCCCCGCGAAUGGAGAAACAAUAUACGCUGUGAUCAACCAGGAACUUGAGAUCAUAGUCAAUACAACAGCCUCUGCAUCAAGUAUUCAUGACCUUAUCAUCAGUGGACCCUUCAACAUCACAGUCAACAGCUAUGGGAACAGCACCACACAGUUUGUCCUGAGAUGGACUCCACGGACUGAAGACCUGGGGGAAUACUUUCCUGUCUGCUUUGUUGCUGAAAGUAACCAGUCCAGCUUCUUCUAUCAAUCUGAUAUGCGAUGCGUCCUUGUUGAAGUUGGAAAUGGCACUGAUUCGGGCUCCUCUGUUCCAGUUGGAGAAACAACUAAUUUUGUGGUUGGUGUAAGCAUGAUGGUUCGGUCUACACUUAAUCUAACAGAGGCAAACCAAACCCAAACAUUCCUGAGGCAGUUUAAAGAAGAGCUGGUCAAGAGGGGUCUGUCCAACUCAACCAGUGUGAGGCUAAGGAAAGUGGAGCAGGUGGAGCAGGCGGAGCCAUGAUGACUGCUGAUCUUCUGGAAGGGGCAGAGGGCGGAGCCUAGGAAAAGGACAUUCUUUUGUUGGGUGUAUGUCAACCGCUUCCUCCUACCCUGUCCUGUGCCCUCUGGCCUCCUGACAAGGCUCAGCGACAUUUAUGAAAUAUCUUACAGAAACACAAUUCAAAAGGUUUGCAAUCGGGAUGUUGAAUGGGGAAAAGCCCUUCAAACG